UGGUCUUUAAGGUGCUACUGAAGGAUUUUUUUAUUUUGUUUCGACUCAGACCAACACGGCUACCUACUUGUAUCUGAAAAGGACGUUACUGACAUUCCGAGGCACAACUUCCAAAGCAGCUCAGUAAAAGUUUGCACAGAUGCUUCCUAAAUCAAGACGUGAUUAUUCUUCCCUCUCUUUAAUUUUUUUAAAUUUUGGACUAAUUUCUUUUUUCAUAUUUAUAGGGCUGGGAGGUGGGGAUAUUCCAACUGUUUCCCUUCUGUUUUCUAAGACGCUUAAAGAACAGAACUCCUGUUACAGGCAGAUGAAUAUACCCAGCCUUAAAGGCUGCUGUGUGUAGGGAAUCCCCUCAAAAUGUUUAAGUGCGGGACAGUUUGGAGCAGAGAAGCCAUUUCUCUCUCUUCCCCCAGCAUAGGAUUGCAGACAUGUGUUUUUAAGGGUAAAAGUGGAGUUUUGUUGCACAUUUCUUCAGUAUGCACAACCUUGCCUAACCUUGGAUCAUGCUUCUCUUGAUAAAUGUGUGGUUCUGGUUUGUUUAAACGCUCUGCACCUGGGCAGGUGACCUUAGCAUGGAUGAUUUCUGUUCAGUUUGGUUUCAGUAAAACAAGGAAGGGGGUGUUUAAUUGGCCUUGACGUUGGAUUGGUACAAAAGCUGCCAGGAGCAAGGUUCCAAAUAGAACAUGACGAUUGCUUAGAUAUUUUUAUAUCUUCUGCAAGUAUCUGCAUUGCCUGUUCUAAAAAAAUUACUGGAGUUCUGUCCAGAUUACAGCGAAUAGAUUAGGUGGGUGGUGUUGCCGAGGUGGAUAUAUUUUUUUUCAGCCUUCCUCACUCCUCUCAAAAUGCUAGUGUCAUACUUUCACAUCUGGUCUGUGGUAUACGGUCAUACCUCGGUUUAAGUACACUUCGGUUUGAGUACUUUCAGUUUAAGUACUCCGCGGACCCAUCUGGAACGGAUUAAUUCACUUUCCAUUACUUUCAACGGGAAAGUUUGCUUCAGGUUAAGUAUGCUUCAGGUUAAGUACAGACUUCCGGAACCAAUUGCACUCAUACUUUGGGUUAAAUACGCUUCAGGUUGAGUACUCCACGGACCCGUCUGGAACGGAUUAAUCCACUUUCCAUUACUUUCAAUGGGAAUGUUCACUUCAGGUUAAGUAUGCUUCAGGUUAAGUACAGACUUCCGGAACCAAUUGUGUACUUAAACCGAGGUACCACUGUACUAAGGAAAUAUAAAUCCUAAUAGAGAAGAACUGUAGCUCAGUAACAGAACAUCUGACUCUAAUGCAGAAGGUCCCUGGUAUCUUCUGGGAAUAGCAUUUGCCUGGAAAGCCACAGCCAAUCAGCAUAGACAACACUGAGCUAAAUGGACCAAUAGUCUGACUGGAUAUAACAGUGCAUAGACAAUACUAGAACCUAAAAUAUGCAAAUAAACUAUAUUGUUCUCAAAUAAUAUAUAUGCAAUAGAUGUAGCAGAAGACUGAUUGCAAGUCCUUUUUUAAGGUUUUUUCAAAGAUGACCACAUUUCUUCAAAUACAGACAUCACUGAGAGAAGAUAAUUUCUUGUUCUCCACAAGGAUGCAAAUAGGAUAUUUCACUCAAAUUACAUUAUCCUGUUCUUCCCAGGACCAAAACAGAAGGCUUUCCAAUGUGGAAAAAUCUACCUCUCCUUGUGGUAUUGGAAUGUCUUGCCCUUUCUAGGAAGCUAAUGACCAUUUCUCUGUGUUUCAAUAUGGACUGUUUCUAUCAAUUCUUACCAAACAUAGCUGAGCAAGAAGGGGCUUUUCUAAAAAAAGAGAGAGAAAAGCAAUGGGGUGCUUAUGACUAGAGAACUGUUCUUUCUUGCUGCUUGGCAAGCCAGGUAAGUAUUCUCAGCAGGCGUAGCCAACUGAGUUUCUGAACCUUCUCCAGUUUUUGUUUAAGCAAACUAUUAUAUCCCCUGUAUUUUAACUAUCAUGAUAUGGUUCCUAUGUCCGGGAAAGCAAAACUUGAAGAUUAUCUGCUCGCUUUUCUUGUUGCUGUGGAGAUAAUCUCCUACUUUUGCUUCUCAAAGGAAGGUCCUAUGUCAGCUGUUAGUGCAAGAUUUUACUUAAAUGUUUUUGAAUACAAUGCCAAUUUGUUGAACUGCUGUUGCUGUUUGGAGGUUAGAUUACCUUUGUAGGUUCACAGUGCCUGUAUGUUAAGAAGUGAGCAGCCAGCAGGAAACUGAAAAAUUGUAGGCCUAUUGUAUAUUUGGUACAUGUUGUAUAUGUGACAGUUAUUCCUCACUUUUUAGGGCAGUGUCAGCAGAGUUUCUUGUGUCAUAACUGUCAACUGUUCUUUGUUGAUGCAGGUGCCGUGGAAAGUUGGGAUGUUUAGGGUUAAGUUAUUUUAAAUGCCUAAAAUGUUUUAGGUUUGACCUUUUGUUACAGCCCAAGGCCCAAGUAUUCUUUCCUCUUCCUUGAAUGGGCAACCUGGGUUGACCUUCAUUUCUCUGCUGCCACCAUCCUGAUGCAGUUCAGACUACUGUGUCAAUUUCACAGGCAAGGUCUAGAAAUGCUUGCUAAGUUCUGUGCUAGUGAACUUCAACUGGAGUUAGCUGGUGAAGAGGUCCCACAAAGUCUACAUUGUUUAUCUGCCAGGAGAAUAGAAAGAGAGACUUCUGGUUCCAGGCUUAGCUGUUGCUGCAGCAGAAUCGAAUCGUAGAAUUGGAAGGGAUCACGAGGGUCAUCUAGUCCAACGCCCUUUUCGCCCCACAUGGGUCUUGAACCCACAGCCCAAAGUCAUGCUCUACCAACUGAGCUAAGCUGAUAGUUCAGAAGUUAGAAGAAACUUUAAUUCUAUCUUUUAUCAUGCUCUGUAUUUUCUGCUUGGUUAUAGCGUAACUGGUAUAGUUUGAUCCAAGGGGAUUCUGAGUUCACAUUCUUAUCUCCAGCCUUUUAGUCAGGCUACCAUAGAGUCAUAUUUCUCUGUAUUCUGAAGUAGCAGCCUCAUAUCCAGCGUUGCUCAGGAAUUUUAAGAAGCAAAAGGAAAAAAAUGCAGUUAUUUGAAGUCAGUGGCUAAAAUCAGUGCAAUUUUGAAAGGUUCAGUCUGCCAUCUUGAGUUAAAAUGACAUCCAUUUUUGUAUUCAAAAACAGGCAUAAAUAUAAAGCAAAUAUGGUGGGAGCUAACAGCUGUUCUACUAAUGGUUCUACUUAGAUGCCCAAGUAAGGUGGUAUUCUUUGUGGCCCUCUGGGGAUGCCAGGGUGCAGAGAAGGGAAAUAACUAUUUUAAGGACCCCACACUAAGUUACAGCAGGCUAAACAUGAUUCCUGAGUUAUUGCCAUGCUGGCUAGGGUUGAUGGGAGUUGGGAGUCCAAGCCAUCUGGAAAAUACCACGUUGGCUAUCCCUGGAAGCUUGUUUAGAUAACGAGAUUUGGUCCUGUGAAACAACUUUCAAAUCUUGCUCCGUUGAAAACAGGCAGGGCUUUCCAAGCCAUCUUUAUCAGUCAUUGUUUGUGUAGUGAUUCAGCCUUCCAAGUAAGAACUGGAGAGAUUCAGCUAGGAAUCUGACUGGAUCGCUGCUACCUCUUAGCAUAGCCUACCUUGCAGGGUACUUGCAAAGAUAAAAUUGUGUGAGUAUGCUGUUGUGACUUGACUUCCUAAAUGGAUUUAGCUUGGAAGUGGAGGUGGUGUAAUAAUUUACAUAACACAUUGUUAGUCAAUGAAGGUCUAGGUCUAGGACAUGGCUGGUAUAGGGGAGGGAAAAACCGUUGUGGUUGUGUAAAUGGAUGUGUACAAUGGUAAGGAGUGGAACUGUGUUAGGCAAUAACGUAUUUAAUUGUGAUGACCUCCAGAUCCUUCUGCUUUUUAUCGUUAGGAAUAGACUUGAGGUUUGUAUGUGUUCCUCUUUUGAAAGACUAGUAUAAUUCCAUUGUCAGAAGAAUCCCAAGUGGGGUAAAAUAGAUCAUAGGCAAAUUAAAUGUGGUAGAGACCCGAGUGGCUUUAAAAAGAAACUAAAUUUUUGCCUGUAGCUUCUUAUUUUUGUCUUGUGCUUGUGGUUAGUGUAUAAGGCUGCACUCUGUUUUCAAGAAGUUAAAUUGUUUAAAUGCCACUCAUUGCAAAAUCAUGAGUGGGCAUUCAGAGCUGCCCGAUCCAAGUGCACAUAAUUUUAAUUUGGGAGUUAACACCUGGAUUUCUGACUGCAGCACAGGGCAAUACCCCCAAGACAAAUAUUGCAGAAGCCAUGGGGAGCCCAAGAAGGAAGUUGGUGUGUGUAGUGGGGAACAACUAUGAAUCAGGAGCUCCCCAGUUUAAAUCUGAUCUCUGCCAUGCUUUUGCUAGGUAAUCUUUGUAGCUUGCCUAUCUCUAGCCUCAGCCCUAUAUCCACUAUAUGGAAAUAACUCUUACCUACCAUACCAGGUUGUUGGCAAGAAUUAUAGUGAGAUAAUACAUAUGAAUCACUUUGACCUAGGGCUAUACAGUACAAACACUAUUUAGUAAGCAUAGAUGUUGGAUAGUUAAUUUUGCCAACUAAAGGGGGUCAUGGUAGUAUCUUUGUAGCCAGAAGAGUUUAAGUUUGUCAUCCUUGGAGCAGUAGCAGCCAGAUUCUUGAGUGAUCUGAGAGCACCCUGCUGAAUUUUGAACUGCCUGUUUACUCCCCUCCUUUCUUAGAACCCUUAUCAGCAGGAAGUUGUGCAAAAUAGGUCCUGGGAUGCUACAAAACUCUGGUGUGCUUUUCAAUACCCUGUCUUAUGAGGAAGGCAGAACUGCCUGUGCCCCUUUCUUGGUCUUAACCAGCCUUCGCCAGGUGGAUGCCCUCCAGAUGUUUUGGACUACAACUCCCAUCAGCCCCUGCCAGCUGCAGCCCCAACAACAUCAAGAAGGCACCUCCUUGGCAAACACUAGUCUUAACAAUUUUUUGCUACAAGGAGCUGUGGAAGGCAGCCAUCCCAACAUGGCUACACGGGAAUGCAGAGAGCGACCAACGUCACCUACCAAGCCCACCAUGUCAGUCGCAAUAAGAGGGGUCAGGUAGUAGGGACCAGAAGCGGCUUUCGGGGCUGCACAGUCUGGCUAACAGGUUUGUCUGGAGCUGGGAAGACCACAGUUAGCAUGGCACUGGAGGAAUACCUAGUGUGCCAUGGCAUUCCAUGCUAUACCCUGGAUGGUGACAACAUCAGGCAAGGCCUGAAUAAGAAUCUAGGAUUCUCACCAGAAGACAGGGAAGAAAAUGUCCGCCGGAUUGCUGAGGUUGCCAAGUUGUUUGCAGAUGCUGGCUUGGUGUGCAUCGCUAGUUUUAUUUCUCCUUAUGCCCAGGACCGUAACAAUGCAAGGCAAAUUCACGAAGUGGCAAGCCUGCCUUUCUUUGAAGUAUUUGUGGAUGCUCCAUUGUAUGUUUGUGAGCAGAGAGAUGUGAAAGGCCUCUACAAAAAAGCUCGUGCUGGAGAAAUUAAAGGUUUUACUGGUAUUGACUCAGAGUACGAGAAACCUGAAGCCCCCGAGUUGGUCCUCAAAACGGAUUCCUGUGAUGUCAAUGACUGCAUUCAGCAAGUUGUGGAACUUCUGCAAGAGAGGGACAUUGUACCAGUGGAUGCCUCUUACGAGGUUAAGGAGCUGUAUGUGCCUGAAAACAAACUUAAAUUGGCCAAAACAGAUGCAGAGUCUUUACCUGUCCUGGAAAUAAACAAGCUGGAUAUGCAGUGGGUACAAGUCCUGGCAGAGGGCUGGGCAACACCGCUGAAUGGCUUUAUGAGAGAGAGAGAAUACUUGCAGUGCCUUCAUUUUGACUGCCUGCUUGAUGGGGGAAUCAUUAACCUGUCAGUGCCUAUAGUGUUGACAGCCACAACGGAAGACAAGGAGAGACUAGAUGGCUGCACAGCUUUUGCUCUGCUGUAUGACGGUCGCCGUGUGGCUAUUCUCCGCAAUCCAGAGUUCUUCGAGCACCGGAAAGAGGAACGCUGUGCCCGCCAAUGGGGGACAACGUGCAAGGACCACCCUUACAUCAAGAUGGUCAUGGAGCAAGGGGAUUGGCUUGUGGGCGGCGAUCUCCAAGUCCUUGAUCACAUUUACUGGAAUGAUGGCCUUGACCAAUACCGUCUCACACCUGCUGAACUAAAGCAGAAGUUCAAAGACAUGAAUGCUGACGCUGUCUUCGCCUUCCAGUUGCGCAACCCUGUGCACAGCGGACAUGCCCUGCUAAUGCAAGAUACUCAUAAGCAGCUUCUGGGUCGAGGUUACAGGCGGCCAGUCCUCCUUUUGCAUCCUCUGGGGGGCUGGACAAAGGACGACGAUGUUCCUCUGUCGUGGCGAAUGAAGCAACAUGCAGCAGUCCUGGAGGAAGGGAUAUUGAACCCAGAAACAACUGUGGUGGCCAUAUUUCCUUCUCCCAUGAUGUAUGCUGGACCAACUGAGGUUCAGUGGCAUUGCAGGUCGAGGAUGGUAGCUGGAGCAAACUUCUACAUUGUGGGUCGGGAUCCUGCCGGCAUGUCUCAUCCCGAGACUGGAAAAGAUCUCUACGAUCCAACCCACGGUGCCAAAGUGCUGACUAUGGCGCCAGGCCUGAUAACGCUGGAAAUCGUACCCUUCAGAGUGGCAGCUUAUAACAAGAAAAAGAAAUGCAUGGAUUACUAUGACUUGGAACACCACGAAGACUUUGAAUUCAUUUCAGGAACUCGCAUGCGCAAAAUGGCUCAGGAAGGACAAAACCCUCCUGAAGGCUUCAUGGCUCCCAAAGCAUGGACUGUGCUGAAAGAGUAUUACAAAUCCUUGGAAAAGGCUUAGGCUACUUAUUUGUUGCAGAUUAGCCUUUGACGUUUGAUUUAUUAGCAAGAAGGAGGACCACACAAUCGCCGUUUUGGUGCUGCUUUGUUGUCGUGUCUGUCAGGAAGCAUUUCCUCUAAAAAACACCAGGCCCUUUCUCCUUAACUUAGCAUCGUUUUCUGCUUCUCUUAUGGGUUCCAUUACUUAUUGGCUCCCAACAAACUGCUGGUUCUAAUGUCUUCUAUUUUUAUUACAGUUGAUAUUCUUGCAGUACGUUUUCUAAACCUCGCCUUUCUAAAACAUUAUUAUACCUCUGUGCCCUGCAGUUCUCAGUGCUGCUGAAACUCUCCCCCUCCCUCCUUUCACAUUAUUUAAUGUAUAUCAUGUCUUUUUCUGUGUGGGUAUGUUGCUUUUCAUAGUUUACGGGCUAGAUAUGGCAGUUUGAUUAUACCAGCUAGAUAUAGGUGCUAAAUCGAAUCAAAACGAAAAAAGAUUUUUAAAAAGAUACUAACCUUGUACUUUUCAGCCAAUGCUCUUUGAAGUUCUUGUAUGGAAUCUCCAGAAUAGACUACACUGUAUUGCAAAUUAAACUUUCUGUACCAAAUCUGUGAAUUUUGUGGUUGCCAAUCCUCAAGCAUUACUGAUUUUUUUCCUCACAUACUUGUAGUAGGUUUAACACAGUUGCCUGCUU